AGCGUCAGGAAGUAGCUUCAGGAAGUAGUUUUCUGGCCCGUUUGAGUGACAGCUGUGGGUGGUGACAGCCCACACGGGACGGCAGCCCGCAGAGCCGAGCCGACACUCAAGAUGGCAGGUCUAUCUUUAUACUUUGAAGAUGGCCACGACGAUCUGGAUGAUUUUGGAUUUGAUGACUAUGGUUCAGAGUGCGACGGCAUCCGCAUCACAGCCUUCCUCGAUGCCGGACAAGACAACCUCACUCCUCUCGGGAGGCUAGAGAAAUAUGCCUUCAGUGAGAAUGUCUUCAACAGGCAGAUCGUGGCUCGCGGCCUGCUUGAUGUGCUUCGAGAGUUCAGUGACAAUGAAAAUGACUUUAUCAGUGUCAUGGAGACAGUUGCCAGAAUGUCAGAAGAUGGAGAGCCCACAGUCCGAGCUGAACUGAUGGAGCAGGUCCCCAACAUUGCCAUGUUCUUACAUGAGAGUCGGCCUAACUUCCCAGCAGCGUUCUCAAGAUAUUUGGUGCCCAUUGUUGUCAGAUAUCUCACUGAUCCAAACAACCAGGUGCGGAAGACCAGCCAGGCAGCGCUGCUCGUUCUGUUGGAGCAGGGACUCAUCUCUAAAGCUGAUAUGGAGACCAAAGUUUGUCCAGUUCUGCUCGACCUCACAGAACCCAGCAGUGACGAUGACUACAAAAUCGAGGCAGUCGCAAUCAUGUGCAAAGUUGUCACCAUGUUGAGCAAAGACACAGUGGAGCAUCUAUUGCUGCCGCGCUUCUGUGACCUGUGCAGUGAUGCCAGACUCUUUCAAGUCCGCAAGGUCUGUGCAGCCAAUUUUGGAGAGUUUUGUUCUAUUGUUGGUCAGGAGGCCACAGAAAAACUACUGAUGCCCAAGUUCUUCGAUCUGUGCUCAGACAGUCUGUGGGGCAUCAGGAAAGCCUGUGCAGAGUGCUUCAUGAUGGUCUCCAAUUCUACCUCUCCAGAGGUGCGACGUGCAAAAUUGUCCCCCCUGUUCAUCAGCCUCAUCAGUGACCAGUCUCGUUGGGUGCGACAGGCUGCCUUCCAGUCUCUGGGACGUUUUAUCUCCACCUUUGCCAAUCCCUCCAGCACAGGCCUUCACUUCAGAGAGGACGGCACCCUACUAGAGGUCCCGAGGUGUACAUUGGACAGCGACUGCUCCCUGAACUCUUUGAAUUGCUCCAGCAUUAGCGGCUGCCACACAGAAAGAACCGUUGCUCACACACCUCCCAACCAGGACGGCCGCGCCACACCGUCCCCGGAGCACGUGUCGACGGCUGACAGCGAGGAAAUGCACAACUUUGAGGACAGCCACACUUCUGUCCCCAGAGAAAUGCGUGGCGGCUUCUCCCACACAGUCUCAAACAGCAACGCCAGCCCCACGACUACAAACAACGCUAAGAACACAAAAGAAACGGAGCAGACAGACGAGAACUUUAAUUCUUUCAACUAUUGGAGAUCUCCUUUACCAGACAUCAGCGGGGAACUGGAGAUGCUAAAUUGUCCAAAAUCAGAGGAAGAGAGAGAGCAGGAGGAACAGAAAGAGGACGAGAAGGAAGAGGGACCUGAUUGUCCUGAUUCCAAGCCCAACCCUGGAAAAGCCACCAGCGACCAGAUCCAGAAGGUCUUGGACUGUUUGCAGCCACACAUGGAUGACCCUGAUGUUCAAGCUCAAGUCCAGGUCUUGUCAGCGGCUCUGAAGGCGGCACAGCUCGACAGCCCGGGAGAUGAGGCUCCGACAGACGAUGGCCUCACUGAACCUGAGCCAGAAGAGCAGCCUGAGGAGGAGAGCGAGAGCCCGUCAGUGGAGAGCAAAUCUGUGGAGGUUCAGUCUGAAGAGAGUGAAGAGAGUCCCACAGAAGAGGAGCAAAUGAUGGAAACUUCUACAGCCUCGGAGUCGAGCCCUGUCCAGGAGCAAGGGGACGAAGAAACACAGACGGAGCCCUUGGAGGACCAGGAAGAGUCUCCUCCUGACUCUCCUAUUCUGGGGUCUGAACUAAUUGAGAGUGUGGAGGAGGAGGAGGAAAAGGAAGACCCUGCUCACAGCCCAGUGUUUGAGGAUAAGCCCAAGAUCCAGAAUGUGAUCCCCCAGCAGCUGUUGGAUCAGUACCUCUCUAUGACGGACCCGGCCCGGGCCCAGACGGUGGAUACAGAGAUCGCCAAACACUGUGCCUUCAGCCUGCCGGGCGUCGCGCUCACUCUGGGGCGACAGAACUGGCACUGCCUCAAGGACACGUAUGAAACCCUCGCUACUGAUGUGCAGUGGAAGGUGCGGCGUACGCUGGCUUUCUCCAUCCACGAGCUGGCAGUCAUCCUGGGAGACCAGCUGACAGCAGCUGAUUUGGUGCCCAUCUUCAACGGUUUCCUCAAAGACCUGGACGAGGUCCGCAUUGGCGUGCUCAAGCACCUCUACGACUUCCUCAAGCUGCUGCACGCAGACAAGAGGAGAGAGUAUCUGUACCAGCUGCAAGAGUUCAUGGUGACGGACAAUAGUCGCAACUGGAGAUUCAGAUAUGAGCUGGCAGAGCAGUUGAUCUUGAUCAUAGAGUUGUACAGCCACAACGACGUGUAUGACUACCUCCGACAGAUAGCGCUCACACUCUGCUCUGACAAAGUCUCAGAGGUCAGGUGGAUCUCAUACAAACUGGUUGUAGAGAUCCUACAGAAGCUGUAUGCAUGUGGAGCCGAUGAUCUGGGCCUGAACUUCAUCAACGAGCUCACCGUCAGGUUCUGCCACUGUCCCAAGUGGGUGGGGCGGCAGGCCUUUGCCUUCAUCUGCCAGGCCAUAGUGGAGGAGGACUGCAUGCCCAUGGAGCAGUUCGGCCAGCACCUCUUGCCCAGCCUGCUCAGCCUCUCCUCAGACCCAGUGGCCAAUGUCCGCGUACUGGUAGCCAAGGCUCUACGACAGAGUGUCAUGGAGAAAGCUUACUUCAAGGAGCCCGGCUGUGCGUUCUCUGACGAGCUGGAGGAGACCGUGAUGGCUCUGCAGUCCGACAAGGACCGGGACGUGCGGUUCUUCGCCAGCCUGGACCCCAACAAAGGCCUGAUGGACACGGCUCCCUUGAUUUAGCCUCUGCUCCUGAGCCCCAUUACAGCCCACCUGCCUGUCUACCUACCUGUCUGUCUGACUGACGCACAGUCGGCGUAACCUGCAACACCAGCACCUGACCAGAUCCCCAAACCGACCAUUCGCCUGCUGGGCAGACCUGCACCAACGACCACUUGGGAAUCGUGUCAGAUGAUCAGAUGAAUACAAAUAUGAAAAAAAGUAUGAGCAUGCUCAAACUACAGUCUCUGGUUGGGCACUACAUAGCGCACAUUUGCAUUCACAACACAAAGAUGCAAACUUCUCAGAGUUUUCAGAAGAUGAGCAGGACUCAGAGGUUAGCUGAACUUUUCCCGCCCUCCUCCACACUAACAUCGACUCAGUCCUUCCCCCAAUCACAGACUUGUAAAACUACGACGGGCUCUUUCUCUCCAAAGCUAAUUGUAAGCUUGAUAUAAAAUUGCUCAAUUGAUUUUUUUUUUUUUUUUCUUAAUGCUUCUUUUUGUGGAUUUCUUAACGAACAAGCGGGCGAGGCCUGCCUGACUCUGACGUGUGCACUAACUCAGGGGGACUCAUCUGAACCUAAACAGCAUUAUUAGCUCACGAUAAGCAGCAGCUCCUGCAUCGACAACUCCAGCAGUCUGAGCAACAGACCAGCCAAAACCAAGUAGCUCUGCUGGUGUCUCUCGCCUCAUUUCCUCUUAAAAAUGCCUCUGUUGUCUCAGACGCCCCUUUGUCUUCUGAGACGUCCUCUGGGUUAUCGUCUGUCUCCCUUCUUCACUCUCUGCAUUUCUCCACCUGGUCUUCAUGGGCCACUGAAACCACUACUACUGCACAGAAGAAACAGUGAUUCUGCCACUCAGCGUAACUUGAUUAAAACCAUAUCUUUUUUUUUUUUUUUUUAAAGAACACCUUAAUAAACUGUUGAUUGCUCCCCCUUCCUUUCACCCCCUCUUCUCCCCCCUUGUGUCUGUUUACCAAAAAUGUGACACAACGCGUCUCCCGAACGGCAGGAGACACAUGAAAUACCUCUGUUUGGACACGACUGGCCAGUGUGGCGUACAUGUGGAGGGACAUCCGCGGUUCAAACAAGGCUCUGAAUGUCCUCUAUGGGUGGUUCUCUUUUUUUUGGUGUGUUGACUAAAAACAUCUUAACAAGGGCUCAUGACCAAGUGACACAGGGUGACGUAAAUCUCAGAAAGAAGAGGAAGAAAGCAAGCACACUGUUGGAUUAUGCAUGUUUCCCCCUCCUCUUGUGUAUAGUCUUUUCCUUAAGGUUGACCUCCUGAUGUUGAAUUAUGUGACCAUGGUAGCGUUCAGUGGAUCUGAUGACCAGUUGUACAGUAGGAUAUAGGAAUGGCUGCGUGACGAAACUGAAAGAUCAUUAUUUCCCUGUCUUGGUGGAAUGAUUAAAAGUAUGAGGAACUCUUUUGUACAGCUUCAACCUGUGGAAAACGGUUUGUGUUUAUGGAACCAAGGCCAGUGUAGUCGGGUUUUUACCCAUCGAGAUGUGUGUGUGAAUAUUGGGAGCAGUCACCAAGUCACUUUUUGUAGUCUCUCGAGCUCGUUUGUUCUCCUCUGUUGUAAAUGGUAACCCCUCCUUUUUUUUUUUUUUUUUUUUGAACAUAGACAUAACUUGAGAACUUAAGCUGAUUGUGGUGUGUGCUGUGCAUCUCAAGUCUUUCUUCCUUCGAAAGGAGAGCUCACUGCGGUAAUGGCGGUGUCCACUCAUCUCGUCUGUCUGCGAUUUGUGUCCAUCUCAUUUUUUAUGUAGUAGAACAGUUAAUAUAUACAUUUUAUGAAAAUUAUUUUUCUUUUCAAUUAUGCACCACUGUUCAAAGAUUUUAUAUCCUAACUUUACAAAAUUUACAACCUUUGUAAUAUUCAAUGGUUUCUUUUAAAAAGACAUUUUAUGUAAUGUUAUUUUUAGUAUUCUGUAAUUAAAAUGAUGAAAAUUAA